AUGCCCCUCUCCACCCCCCACCUCUUCACCCUCGCCAUCGCCCUCCGCCUAACCCUCUUCUUCUACGGCCUCUACCAAGACGCGCACUCCCCCUUAAAAUACACCGACAUCGACUACCAAGUUUUCACCUCGGCCUCGACCUACACCUCCCAAUCUCUCUCGCCCUACACACGGGAAACCUACCGCUACACGCCUCUCCUCGCCUGGCUCCUACUCCCCACCACUUUUUCCCCCUCUUACCUCUGGUUCCACUUUGGUAAAAUCUUAUUCGCAACCUGUGACAUUGGCGCUGGGUAUUUUCAGUACAAGAUACUGCUGGGACGAGGAAUGGAUGCGGGGCGCGCGGGCAAAUAUGCAGGGAUAUGGUUGUUGAAUCCGAUGGUAGCGACGAUUAGUACGAGGGGGAGUAGUGAGGGUAUUUUGGGCGCGUUGGUGUUGGGAAUGCUGUGGGCGGUGUUGAGGGGGCGGGUGGCGGUGGCGGGGGUGUUGUUAGGGUUGGGGGUGCAUUUGAAGAUUUAUCCAGUGGUGUAUGGGGUGAGUAUUGUGUGGUUUUUGGAUCGGGAAACUAUUGCGGGGUUUGAGGGUAAGAGGAUUUCUGGGAGAGAGAAGAAGAUGGGGAAGAGAGGAAGUGGAAAGAGGGAUGAUGUUUGGGGGAAGGUCACGGGGUUUAUGAAUCGAGAGAGGAUUGUGUUGGUCGUGACUAGUUUGGUGACGUUUAUGGGUCUUAAUGCUCUUAUGUAUUACAUGUAA